AUGGGUACGGAUGCCUUUCAAGAGGCAGAUAUAAUUGGUUUUACGACCCCAUGCACAAAAUGGAAUAUGGUGGUUCGAGACAUCCGAGAUCUUCCCGCCCAAAUGAACGAUGCAUUUCGAAUUGCCAUGAGUGGACAAUCUGGUCCCGUUCUAGUGGCAUUACCCAAAGAUGUGACUAGUGCAGUUCUUGAGGAUGCUAUCAGAUUGACUCCGUUUCAGUCCAUUCCCACGGUAGUAUAUUGCCCUGUUUUACAAUCUGAUGUCUUCAAAGCCAAUCGAUCAGCAAGCAUCCAAAGAUGCGCAGAGCUUAUCAACGUAGCUCAGAAACCCGUCAUCUAUGCAGGCCAAGCCCUCCUUAUGCGUACAGAGGGCCGCAGAGUAUUAGCACAGCUGGCAGAAACUGCCUGCCUGCCGGUUACCGCGAGUCUUCUUGGCCUUGGAUUUUAUGCUAAUAAGGCAAUCCAAACUGCUGAUUUGAUUCUCACUUUGGGCCCACGCUUUGAUGAUCGUGCUAUUGGAGACCCCACUCGCUUUGCCCCUGCUGCGAGGAAGGCUGGUAAAGAACAAAGGGGAGGCAUUCUUCACUUUGAAAUACACCCUCCUCAUAUCAACAAGGCCAUCAAAUGCAAUGACUUUGUCCUUGGGGAUGUUACCGAGGUGCUCACUGAACUGCUUCCUUAUUUUCAGAAGGUGGAGAGCAGGCCCAACUGGAUGGGCCAGAUUUCUGAUUGGAAAAAGACAUACCCAAUGCAGGCAACCAUUCCGCAAAGCACAAAUAUAUCUCCCAAAUAUGCGAUCAUGCUCCUGAGCGAACUUACCGAGAUGACAAACAAGCGGACGAUUAUUACCACUGGUGCCGGAUCCCAUCAGAUGUGGACAGCUCAGUACUUCCGAUGGACUGGAAAUUGUUCGCUGGUCACUUCUGGAGGAGCAGGGACAAUGGGAUUUGGUAUUCCUGCCGCCGUUGGUGCCCAACUUGCAGAACCCGACGCAAUGGUUAUUGAUAUUGAUGGGGACGCAUCCCUGAGUAUGUCACUGCACGAGAUGGCGUCAGCCGUGGAACGCGGACUUCCGAUCAAGAUUUUGCGACAUGUCGGCGUGCAUCAACGAAACCCAGACUUUGUGAAGGUGGCUGAUGGUAUGGGCUUUAAAGCUCAGCGAUUAGAUGCUAUGGCUGAUAUUGAAGCUAAACUUGAGUGGUUUAUUCACUCAGAGGGGCCAGUCUUGCUAGAUGUCCAGGUGGACGACAAGAUUCCCGUGCUUCCAUGGGUUCCUACUGGUAAGUCACUGGAUGAGAUGAUCAUCGACGCCAUCCAGCUGCCUUGA